AACAGGAACUUGGGCUGUCAAGAUCCAAACUAAUAAAAAGACCAAAUGAUCUUCAGCUUGUGCAUUAAAGUUCAAGUUAUUAUUGAUACAUUUUCAUAUUUUCAAAUUUGAUCUUUUAUGUUCCACUGAAAAACGUCAUACGGCAACAACAUGAGGGCAACUUCAAGCUGUGACCUAUACAUUUAAUACUGAGCAACUUUCAUUGUGUCAAUCAUUUUGGCAUCUGUCAACUACUGUGAGAUCCCACACCUAACAUAGAAGAUGAGCUCAAUAGUCACCUAUUCAGUGGAGGGUCUAAACAUCUCUGAUGAAUUCAACUACAGUGAUUAUAACUACUCUGAUUAUGACUGCUGUUCUGGAGAUGUGUGUGAUCAGGAGUCCAGCAUGCACUUUGAUUCAAUUUUUAUUCCAAUCCUUUACUCUCUGGCGCUGGUAGUUGGUCUGGUGGGAAAUGGGCUUGUGUUGGUAGUGCUGUGGAAGAAAAGGCUGAGCUUGAAUGUCACAGACAUCUUCAUCCUUCAUCUGAGCUUAGCAGACGUUCUGCUUCUGAUGACUUUUCCCCUGUGGGCUGCAGAGGCCGUGAAUGAGUGGAGCUUUGGCACCGGACUCUGCAAACUGGCAGGAGCUCUGUUCAGGAUCAAUUUCUACUGUGGUGUUUUCAUGCUGGCUUGCAUCAGUCUUGACCGCUACCUGUCCAUCGUCCAUGCAGUGCAGAUGUAUUCUCGUAAGAAGCCCAUGGUGGUUCAUCGUUGCUGUCUGGCCGUCUGGCUGUUCUGCCUUCUGCUCUCCAUUCCUGACUGGACGUUCCGUGUGGCCACGUUGGACUCUAGACGUAAUAAAACAGAAUGUGUUCCCUGGUUCCCAGAUGAGUCUGAAUGGUAUCUGGCCACUCGUGUCCUCUGUCAUGUUGUGGGCUUCGCUCUGCCUGCAAUAAUGCUUCUGUUCUGCUACACCUGCAUCCUGCUGCGGUUGCAGCGCGGCUCCCAGGGCAUGCAGAAGAAGCGGGCCAUGCGUGUCAUCAUAGCCCUGGUACUGGCCUUCUUUAUCAGCUGGACACCCUAUAACAUCACCCUUAUAAUUGACACCGUCCACACCGGAUAUUCCCAAUCUGGCAACCAAACAUCCUGUGGUAGCCUCACAGCGUUGGAUAUAGCGCUCACAGCUACUUCCACAUUAGCUUACUUGCACUGCUGUGUCAACCCAGUGCUUUACGCUUUCAUUGGGGUGAAAUUUAGGCAAAAUCUGGUGGAUCUUAUGAGGCCUUUAGGAUUCAAAAUUAAAGGCCCAGCAGGGUUGGUGUCACGGAGGAGCUCUGCAUGGUCAGAGUCAGUGGACACCUCACAUACUUCUGCUUUCUAAAAUGUUCACAUGCGCCAAUAAACUUAAAUAUGUACUUGUUUUCUGCAACCUUUAACUGUUGUAUUAGUUGUAUUGUUGUGAUGUCAUGUAUGGUUUAAUGAAAGCAUAAAAACAGAGAGAUUUUUUAAACUUUGAUAGAUUUUCUUUGUAUAUGCGGCAGCUGCAGAAUGUUCUUUAUUGUUUUUUAAUUUGUUUGUAUUUAAAAAAAGAAGAAAAAAGAAAACAACAAAAUUACUAUAAACUGAUUUGACUAAAUUCACACUUUGGAGUUUAAGGGGAAAACUGUUCCAACAUUUACUGAGAAUUUUUAUAUCUUAGUAGUUGCUUCUGUAUAUUAUAUUUGCUUUUUUUUUAGUUUUUCCAUUAUACAUAUCUUUUGCGUUGUGUGUUUAAUAUAGCCAAAUAAUAAGCACAUUUUGGACAAAUUCAUAAUUUAGUAUGACUUUAAGCUCCCUGUCAAAUUUUAUAUUGCAUUAUCAUAAUACAUUUAUACAUUAUGUUGGCUUUUUGUACAUAUCUAAAACACAAGAAGUUUGUCUCUUUAUAAUACAACA